CUGGCACGCAAAUCAAAUUCAUAAAGACAGCACCAUUUUGACACACAUCAAAACAUAUUGUUUGAACUUUUGAAGUGCUAUGCGACCGUUUGCUUGAACGGUUUUUAUGGACCCUAGACCCUCAAAAUUUGCAGUACCUUGUCCUUGUGUUGUGAAGUGAAGACCAAUGUCAUCCACGCUCAUUUUCGUGGGGUUGCCGGAGGAUUCGAAGAGCUCUAUCACAAAGGUGCCAAAUGCCCCGAAGAGCUGCAUCGGCGAGAUCUUCAGCUCGGACGCGACGGACAGCAGCCCAGUGAAGAAUGGCGCCGCGAGGCCUCGCGUAGUGCGCGACACGCCCACCCGUCCUCGCGACACCCAUUCCAGACUCUUUGGACAGGUACAUAAAACCGCUAACAGCAGCUCCGUCGCCCCAAUGGUGACAGACACCAUCCGCAGCCACAUCCAGUUCGGAGAGGGGGAGAUGAACGGGGGCAGCCUCCCGCACUCCCCUUCCAAGGCCAUGACCAACGGGAGCGCCACGUCCACGCCCAGCCGAGAAGGCAACCCGAUCACCGGCGAUGGCUACAAGUCGAUGAACGGGCAGAUUAACACGGUGACGUCCAUCAACGGUACCAGCCACUUGAUCCACCACAGCCGCGUGCCGCCCGGCGGGUUUUCCUCCGGCCUCUGGUAGGCUCCCCACCACUAUCCCUCCAACUACCCGCGGCGACGACCAUCUGAUUCUCUCUUCACUCGCCGCCCAACUCUCGGCACGCGCGGACCUAUAAUAUUUUAAACUAUACCGCCUAUAAUUUAAAAUAUUAUCGGCAACUAAAUUGCAUUUAUUUAAACUUACCAUUUUGUUAAUCGACUAAAUUUUUUCUUAUAGUGUCUUUAAAUUAUAGUAACGCAACGCGCACCAUCAAAUUGCAACGUCCACUAUAACUGAAAGGGUAUAUGUUGUUAAUUGAAAUCCUUAGCCUAUCCCAGUAACUGUUUAUUCAAAUAAUUUAGAAUAGAAUUAUAGAUAUUUUUGUAAUAGUAAUAUUUCGAUAAUUAUUGUAAAAACGAUAGAUUUUCGUUGGUUGCUCUCUGAAAUCUCAGCGGAUUGAUCAAUGUGAACGCUGAAAUAUUGGCGGAGCGUUUUAAUGGUCUGUCUGGGGUCUCAUGGACCAACAGUAUUAAUUUAAGAACUUGAUAAAUUGUAACCUUUCACACUUUAAAUAUGUUAACGCAUUGAUAUUGAGAAUUAGGAGUGAGGAAACGUAUCAGCAAUAUACCAAAACGAAUAGUGCCUUGAUUGGUGAUGAUUGAAAUUCUAUAAGAAUCGAUAUACGUUUGACUUUACAUCUCGUAGGAAAGUGAUUAUAUUGUCUAUAUAUUUCACGGUAUAGAAAUAGUAAUCAUACGGCACUGGCUAAUUGAUACAUUCAUAAAUUAACAUUAAUAAUUAAUCAACACUAUUUAAGUAUUUCGUUUGUUGAAUUUCAUUAUCGUAUUUAAAUAGAAGUUUUAUAGAAAUGCAUUUAUUUUGUCUUUUUUAUACAAGUUUUUAUUUCUUUUUUAGUUUAUUUUCUACUCGUUUAGGAUAAUGGUGUAAAAAUGGAUUUGAAUCUUGGUAGAUUAUCUGUUAACAUAUUGGGUGAUUGUAAUGGACCAUAGCGUGUUAGAUUAUUAUGUAUAAGUGGUGACGUUUCUAUGUGUAGGUAGAAUGUAACAAUCGUUAGAAUUACCAUAUCAUCUUUGUAAAAACGUUUUAAUACUUCCUAACAUGGAAUCGCAUAAUCACUGGCCUAAA